AUCAUAUCGCGCCUGUAAAGGACUUCCAAAGCAUGCAGCCCGCAUGAGUUUUGUAAACAUUUCACGUUUGCUAUAUAUUUAACUCAAAUGGCGCCGACGGAUCAAAAAAUGAAGAAUAAGAAGUUUACAGCGAAAGGUGGUAACUGGAAGAAAUCGCAAAAUAACGCACCGGGUGUCAAGAAGAGGAAAUGGAUUCCCGAAAAUAAAGUGUACGAAGGCAGCGUCAAAGAAGGUCAGGGAUUUGCUUUAAAGAGGAAGCAAAAAGUCAAACAUGAGUACAACAAGCUGCUGCGGAGGGAGAAGAAGAAGAAGAAGAACCCUGAGUUCAACGAAUUGUACAAGGAGGAUUACCCAGAACACCUCAGGCAUCUCUACAUGGCCGAGGCAGAGAAACUGAAGAACGAGGCCUGGACCAACAGAUUGAACAGGAGUAAACUGAGAAUGAAAGGGCAGGAGAAGGGAGAGGAGACAGGUGAAAAUGAUGCUGCUGCUCAACAGAGUGAAGCUGCUGAACCAGAUCCAGAAGUUACUGGUGGAUCUGAGCAGACAGAUUCUGUAAAUCCUGAGCCAACAGCAGCUUCAGAGAAAGACAGUCUUCCAAUGAGUAACCGCAUGAGGAAAAAACUGCUGAAGAAGACGUCCUACCAGAAGACGAAAGAGGAAUUUGAGGCAAUCAGAGAAAAACGGAAAAAGAAGAAAGAGGAGUACCUGAAGAACAAGCAGCAAAGAGAAGAAGCCAUUCAGAGGUACAAACAGAAAAAGAUGGAGACGUUUCAGAUGCUGAGCAAAAAGACCAAGAAAGGACAGCCCAAUCUGAACCUCCAAAUGGAGUAUUUGCUUCAAAAGAUCACUAAAGGAGGUGGGAAAUGACUCAAAACUCAGAGCUGAUGCCGCAGGACGAACGGGAAAAGGGUGGACUUUGUCUUUACUUGACUGGUAUUUAAAAAGACUGAUGUACAUAUUUACCAGAGGACGAUCAGGACUGUGCUUUUCACACACACACACACACAAAAACACUGUUUUUAGUGGCAAUCUUAACCUCUGUAUUAUGUUUUUUCCAGCUCUACUGGCCCUGAAAAACAAAUUCUGUUGCUCAUUUUAAUCUCAGACCACAAGAUGGCAUUGUAAGACAUGAAGAAAAAUAGAGGAAAACACGUUAAUGUAAGAGCUUUUUUUAAUCAAUAAAUGCUUUAGCUUCUCA